GGGUCAUAGAAGUUAAAACGGUUUAUAUACAUCGUGUAAACAUUGUUAGAUAUGUCUCACCAUCCCUAAGGCCAUUUGUCUGAUCUUAACCUCAAAGUUUGUUGAUUAAUCAAAUCAAACUAUUGAAUUUCUGUUUUUCUAAAUUAUUUAAAGUUCACCGUAAAAAAAAUGACUCAAACUUAUUCAACAGACUGGGAUAUCGAUAAUUACAGAGACGACACGGAACCCGAGGAACACUGGGAGCUGAGGAGGGCAUUCAUGGAGGCCCACAAGGGAACCUUUUCCGAGGAAUAUUUAGUGGCUUUGGCUAGAACUUUUGCCAAUAUUGAAUUUAUGGGCUGCAGCUAUCCGGCUCCCGUAAUGAUCAAAAUUGCAGAACUAUCUAAAGAUGUUGCCAAAGACUACCGGGAUUCUCAAAAAGACAAAUUAAAAAGGACGUUUGUUACUGCAUCAAGCGCUGCGGAAAACAAGAUAAAGAAACGUAAUACUGAUCCAGGAAGUUACACAUCAGAGAAAAAGACCAAAAAAUGACUUACCCGAUAACUACUCUUAUACUACUUAAUUUAAAUUCUCUCCAAUUAAUCCAUUCCAUCUUACAUAGGAAAAGAAUAACAAAUCAAAUAUAAUAAUCAAGCAUAUAAUAUAAAUGUCUUCAAAUUAACUUAUAAUUUUAACUAAACUCAUAAAUAAAUAUUAAAUAUUUAACAGUAAACAUAA